UUAUAGCACUUGACGUUGUGUCUAGGUUAAUUUCAGUGUGUUGAAGCCACUUUUAGAGAGAAGGACAUGCUUUUAUGAAGUGACAGUGUGUUAGAAAUCUAUUCAGUGUACCAACAUGUUAGCAGUAGAGAUUUUCAGACUAUGAUUAAGAGAGAUUAUUCAGUGAAGUUUGGAAGAAAUACAACUCUAAGAGAACUUUCAACCCAGCUCAACGCCAUUCUUCAAUAGUGCACAACAUUUUGGAUGUUUUUUACACUUAUUGAUUAUUAGUGGUUUAUAUUUUAGUUUUUUCCCUUGUUAAUUGCAAUCGAGAUUUUAAAAAUCCUCAUACUAGACGACAUAUUCUAUUUUCUCUCAUUUUUUAUUCACUGACGUUUUACAUUUUAUUCGUGUACCGGAUUUUGUUUGUGUGUCUGUUUUAUAAGAAACCCACAAGUCUUUCAUUGCGGUGUGACUUCUUGUAAUGGCCAUGGUAAACAGUUUGUUAGCAAUCGGAAGUAACGUGAAGGACUCGCGCUGGCUGACUCUAGAGGUCUGCCGAGAGUACCAGCGCAACAAAUGCACACGCACGGACACAGAGUGUAAAUUUGCACAUCCCCCACCUCACGUGGAAGUUCAAAAUGGCCGUGUGACGGCGUGCUUCGACUCCAUCAAGGGGAAGUGUCAGAGGAAAGAUCCUCCGUGUAAAUAUCUCCACCCCCCUCAACAUCUACGAGAACAGCUUCUACAGAAUGGGCGAAAUAACCUAAUCUUAAAAAAUUUACAAAUGCAGGCUGCUGCAGCCCAGAAUUUAUUACCGUCAGCGGGAAUUGUGCCCGGGAUGUUGCCCACCAUUGCCUCACCAAGCAGUAAGGGAUCUUUGGCUGCCUUGCCCGCCCUCUACCCUACUGGGCAGUUGCCCACGGUCAUGAUACCGGACCGAGCUUACGGAUGGUCUGGGGGGGUCCUCACAAAUGGACACCCAUAUCUUGCCGGAUCCGUUCCCAAUCCAACAUCCAUCUCCUAUAAUCCGUACGUGGGGAUGCAGACGGUAUCCGUGACUCCGCCCUCUGUCAGCGAGUCCGCCUCCCAGCCAAUCUCCGGUGUCAUCCAGGCCGCGACCUCCAUAGCCCAGAAUAAAAUCACCCGCCCAGACAGACUAGAGGUAUGUCGAGAGUUUCAGAGAGGGUCUUGCACGCGACAGCCGAGCGAAUGUCGCUAUGCACACCCCCCAGAUAAUGUAACAGUCGAGACGUGCGAGAACCAGAUUACCGUUUGUAUGGACUUUAUUAAGGGGAAGUGUACACGAGAUUCGUGUAAAUAUUUCCACCCGCCCCCUCACUUACAGGCCCAGAUCAAAGCAGCACAACAAAGAGCUAACUCCUCUGCAGCACAAGCUCUGCCGCAAGUGGUAGAGGUCAUUACGAGCAAGAAGCGACCUCGAGAAAUCGCUGAUGAUCUAGUACUGCAAAGCCCAGUGUCUCAAGUGAUUCCGUAUAAGCGUGUUGCCGUGGCAGAUGGGAAAACGGGACUGCCCAUGUACCAACCUGGAGUAAAUCCAUUGAUGUUCCAGCAACAUAUGGCAAUGCCCUUUCAGCAAGGGGGAUUUAUCCCUGCCAAUGUAGCAUUCAAAAGUGCACCACAAACCACAGUAUACCCCAGCGGCUCACCUUCUCCGGCCUUAUCAUUACAGCAGCAAUACGUACCCGUGUCAAUGCCAUUGGUUAUCUCCCCUGCCGUGCCUGAUGCCAUGGUGACGGCCCCUGCCAGUUUGAUUCCUACUAACGCUCAAAACGUCAAUUAUUUUGACUCCAACCAGCAGUUGCUGGACACCCUCCCAGUGUGCCUAGAUUUUAAGAUGGGGCGGUGUAAUCGGCCAUUGUGCGACAAAGUGCACAUCCUACAAGACUUUGUUGAAGUGACGGAUGGACGCGUUGCCGUGUGUCGUGAUGCAGUUCGAGGAAAGUGCUCACGCCCCAUGUGCAAAUAUUAUCACAUCCCUGUCAACCUUCCACCCUCAAAGUGACGGGGAUUUGCCAAAUAUCAUACACCAAGCAAUGGGAGUCUACUCGUAAGGAACACUCAGUACACCACACAGGACAUUUAUUUUCUAAUUUCUUUACACCAGACUGGGACAUGUGGAUCUCUGCCACAGUCCCCAAGGAGGAAAACGCCAACGUUGAUUUUUUUUUUCGGAUAUCUCCAGUUGCCAUAUUAUCCAGUGGUGCUAAAGCAUAUCAUAUUGACCUUUAACCUCUUUUAUGAUUAUGCGUUUCUUUUCUUUUUUAAUUUAAUUGGCUUCUUAUGCUCUUAAUAUACCUGUUAGAGGUACUUGAAUCAAAGUAUAUGUUUUGAAAGUUUGGUUUUACAAAAAAACGGGAGAAAAAAAACUCCGCACAAGAGCAGAAUCAUAUCAGAUAAGUUCUGUGUUUUAAUUAAGUGUUUAGAAUUUUUUUAUACAAUUGUUGUUCAUUUUCCAAUGGUAAAUAACCACACCAUUUGUGAUAUAUUAUCUUUUCACACCUUUUACUACGCAAGUUGUUUAAGAUAAUCGGGGCUAAGAAAGACAUUUUACGAUAAUAUUUGCUUUUUUUUGCUUAGAACUUUUAGCCGCACUCCCAGGGCUGCUGUAUGGGGCUAUUUAUAGCUAUAAUAGGUCAUGACCUCUUGUAGAAACACAGUCAUAGUCAACAGAAAUCUUGAUCUCUUUAUUAUGGUGCAUAUGUAUUCAUUAUUAUAUAUAUAUAUAUCCUGUUUGUUUUGUUAUUUCGUCAAGAUAAAGAGUUGAUCUGACUUUGUUUCUACAAGAGAAAAAUUAUUUUAUUCAGAUGGCCAAUGUACAUAACAAAAAAAAAGACGCACCCAUCCUUUGCUUGAACAUAUAGUCUAUGAAUUAAAUGUUCGCAUCACAUAUUUUAAAAAAUUGUGAAUCUAUAUUUAGAGUCGUUAUAGGUCUAGUUUUAGUUUUUCGUGAACUGUUGUAAAAUUAUAUAUUUUGAUGAUAUGAAAGUGCAAUUUUAUAAGGUGCACACUAAUACUGUUAUAUGAACAAUUUUUUUUUUCAAAAUGUGCCAUAUAACUUUUUUCUUUUAAUCUUUUAAAAAAAGAAAAAAAAGAUUGAAAUGAUGCUGACUCGAAUGUCCCAGUAAAUGCCACAUUUAUCAGUUCUGUCAAGCUUUGAAAUGGUUAGCCAUGUUGGAGAAAUAGUGCUGUAGUUGGGCAAUGAAAUCCCGCUUAUGACCUUGACCCUGGUCUUUGACCUUGACCUGGUGGGAAUUUAUAGUGCUAUUUUCCAGGUUUUUUGUUUUGGUAGAGGGGUUCUGAACCUCGAACACCAGGUAAUGUAGCUAAGAGCUAAGUAGAGCACCAGACCUACACAAAUCUUGCAGCAAACGUGUGCCAUAUUCGGAAAUGCAUGUAUUUACCUUUUCCCAAGAUUACCUUUUUACAAACCCCCUAUAUUAACUGCUAACAUGAAAUCUAUUACAAAUUCUUCCAGAAAACUGAAAACCUAACCAUAUUUUUUUUAGUUCAAAUUAAUAUUAUUAUUAUUAUAUAAUGUAUGUUUCUAAUUGUGAUCAUGUGAUUGGUGCAUGUUGUCAAGUCAUGUGACUUAAAUAAGCCAUUUUUUGAGAAUUUUUCAUGAUGUGAUUUUUUUUGUGUGUGUUUUAAUUAAUGAUCAGUGUGGAUCAGAAAGACACUUGUGUUCAUGUAAAUAUAUAAAUGAUAUAUAUAUGUGUAGUGUGUAUAUUUUAUUGUCUCAGUACCAAAUUAUACCGAUACAAUUUCUCUUAAUACUAACAAGUGGGGUGUUAAUUUGCGGGGAAUUUUUACAAUUUCUUUUUCUGAGUUUCGAAGGUUUUUUGUUUUUUAUUUAAAAAUAGAAAUUCGUUUUAUAAGUGAGAGAAAAAGGACAGGGUACAGAUACACAGAGAAGGGAAUCCAGGCACAUUGAGGUUUUUUUGCAUAAUAAUUUUUUCUCAUCUGUUAUAUAUCUACUUUCACUUUUAAUAAUGGCAUAUUUAAUUUACUUUCACUUUAAUAAGUAGGGGAGCAGUUAUUUGGUUUAAAUCAUGUUUCCAUUUUAUAAACCAUAUUAUCUGUCUGUCCAUUGUUAAUUUUUGCAUUUUUCUUGUUGCAAUUAAAAGAUAUAUGAUUGUUUCUUAUGAGAAAAAUAAUUGCUGAUUUUUUUUAAAGGAGUUGAUAAUAUAAUUAACUUAUGAGAAAUAGGUUGAUUGUAAGCAAUGGGGCAUAUGAACUACAAACAUAUACACAAAGUAUGCCAACAUUUUUUCAUAAACUACAAAGAAUUGAUUCACUGUUUCAUUAUUUGUGAUACUAGUAUUCAAUUUUAAUAUUUGUUAUGUGACUUGUAAUGAAAUUUCAUCAUCAUGUUAAUUUUUAUAUCCCUGAAAAUCUUUGCUCAUAGGUCUAAAAGCACCAUGAGGCAUUACUUAUUUUUUUCUAGGUUUCAUUGUCACACACUGUGCAAAAUAUUGUGAAAAAAGGAGGCAUUUUAAAUAUAUUUUUGAUAAUUUUUCAUGCAGAAAUUCAGAGGUAUUAGAAAUAGACUAUGAGCAAAGAUGAUUGGUGGAGAAUGUGCAAGUACUAUGUUUGUGAUUUGUACAGAUUAUUGAAGGGUGUGUCAGACACAUGAAUGAAUAUGCAGAUUAAGUUUUGCCCUUAUUUGGACAUUUUGCCCAUAUAUGGACAUUUUAUAAAAUUGUGUUUAUGAAUGGACAUGUAAUGUUCUCUCAAAAUAUUUUUCCACUCUAGAUUAGGUUUGUGUUGAGAAAUGUAUUUUUUCUAGUUUGUAUCAUGUAUUUGUAGAUUGAUAGUCAAAGAAAAAAAUGCAAACUGUGUAUUUUUCCAAAAACAAUGGACUCAAAUCAUUGCCUUGUAAACCUGAGACUUAUACUCAGUAUUGAGAUGACAGUAUUCCUGCUAACCAUAAAUCACAUGUAGUGAAAAUCAAUUUUUUUUCUUGUUUAAUCUUUCGAAUUUUCCGAAAAAUGGAUUUUAAGAAGUGACGAAAACCUCCAAAAAUGAUUUGAGUCCUGUUGCUUCAUAUGUAUAAUCUCUGCCGAGGGUUAAUUUUGGUGUCCUGGCAACUCGAUGUAGCAAAAGUAACAUGUGUGCCCUAUUUAAUAUUGUAACACCUCAGUAUGAUGCAAUCUGCAGGCUGUAUAUUGACAAUAAGACCAUGCUUUAACAAGAAAUACUGGAAUAUUUGUAACCAUAUUUAGCAGUGGUCCCUUUAGUAAAGCAGUGUUGCUAAGUGUUGUUACCUCCAGGUGGCACAAAUGUUGCUUUUGCUUUGGCAUGUUGCUGUAGCUUUUUCUGAGGGUGACCUAGUUUGAUGCUUAAAUGACAAAGCUUUGUGUGAGCCAAUGUAAUUGCAGAACUGUAAAACAGUUCACAAGCCAGCAGACAGACGAAACUCUUCUUAUCUUACAAAAAAGCAACAAAACUUUUUUCUUUCUUUCUGCAGAUGAAAUGUUUUCUUUUUAUUUUGUAGUUUAAAAAAAAAGAGACUCUUUUUUUAUUCCAUGCUAUGUGUCCUUAUCCACACAGAUUGUGUUUUUAUUGCAUGAAAGUAUACGUAGACUUCAUUAUCUCUCAUUAUGAGACUUUUCCGGUGAUGGAUUUUAAAUUGUAAAUUUUUUCUUAGCAUUUUUUAUCGUAUGAUACAUAUAUAUUUACAUAUAUAUAUUAUAUAUUACUUGGUUUAGAUUAUUUCAGACUGUGUAAAUUUUGGUCAUGCACCCCCCGGGUCACUAUUUCAACUGACGCUAUAUCAUGUAGAUUCGCUUGUGCUUUUGUGCUGGGCGCGAUCUCAUUCAUUUUGAGAUCCGCCCCUCCAUUUGCUUACUAUUGUGUUUGUCUGCAUAGCUUCGGAGGCUCUUAAAGAGACGCCAUUUACCAAACUCAAAAAUAUAAUCCAAAAUAUACCAUAUUGUGUUGUCCUUUAUUGUGUGUGUAUAUAUAUAGUGUCUCACAUCUUCUGAUUACUGUUGCCAUGGUAACGUGUAAAUAGUUUCUAUGGGAAUCGUUUUCUCCCUUUAUUGUCUGAGUUUUCUUUAUAAUGGGUUUUAUUUUUCACAUGUUUUGGCCACUUGGACAACUUCAGUAUUGAACGCUAAAAAAAAAAAAUCCACUGAAAAAAGAAUGUUUUGAGCCAAACUCUUUACAAAUUUGAAGUUAUCACCAAAUCAUAAGCAGAAAAAUUCCUAUGACAGAAAAUGUGAGAACCAAAGCAAUUAGGCAUUGAAUAGAUGGAAUUGAAAUCCUACGUCUUUGUGAUGUUUCUUUAAUUACCGGUGAUUUCUUUUAAAAACGCUGCCUAUCUUCGUCUUUUGAAUCUUGACUCAAGGUGAUUCGCAUUUAACACUGCACAGCUUUCGCUGCCAUUCUAGUUAAAAGUUACAAACUUUUUGCCAUUUCUAUAUAUAUUAUAUUUAACGACACUAACUGUCGCUAAACAGUUCAACAACACCCAUUGGCUGAGCAGAUGAACAAUUGGCCAAUCAGAAGCUCUGUUCUUAUUUGGUGCUGAUCAUUAAAAUGGUUUCUCAGUAUACAAGUUUGGUUCGUUUGUUUUACAAGGUGCUAGACAUUUUAUUGAUAAAAGAUGAAAAAAAUUGUUUAAAAGCAAAAAAGACAAAUAUUUUGUGAAAAAUAAAAGAAUACACAAACGUAUGGAGACACUGAACAUGACUGAGAAAGUGUUGUUAACUACAUGUAAAUGUUGGAAUCAAACUGGGUAAAUACAGUGACCCUGUGUAUAUCCGGAUUGAUUCCGACUAGUCUCGGUAGAACUAGACAAAGCCUUUUUGAGUUGUUGCACUUCGCGUUACGUCGGUGGCACAUGGAGGUAUUUUGGGGGCUCAUACUAUUACAGCUUUUUAUACAGGGCUGAGCAAAGAAGCUUCAAUAAACGUUGCUUUUUUUUGAAUUACUGCGCUAUGUCUGUGCGAGACGUUUGUAGUUCUUGCUCUCAUGUAUAUAUCCAAUUUUUUUUUACCUAAAGGGAUAAUUUUGCUUUUUUGUACUUUUUAUCAAGCACCUAGCAGGCAAGAUAAUUUUUAAAAGAAAUAAUGACCCCCCAGUUCACUAACUUUAGUUGCCUUUUUGUAGAGUUGUUCAAAGAAAGUUUGUUAUAAUUUUUGUUACUUAUGAUCUCAGUUGGUGCUAAAUAUUCCAAGAAUUGUAAAUUGGAAAAGAAAUGAUCUCGAUUUUAAGUGCGUUUCCCGAAAUAUUUCCUAGUGCCAAGGAUGUAAUGGGUAUUGUGAUAGUACUUAACCAUCUUUUCGCCUGUUGGCUGCUAGGUAAUCUUUUAAUGCUGGGCAACCAAUCACAAGCUUCCGCUGCUUCAAAAAGUAGCCAAUCAAAUGAUUGGUCUGUAGCCGGAACUAGCCAAUCCCAGCAUGCCUUAGAUUUGCACUCUAAAUUGCCGCAUUUAUAAGUGUUCGUGUUGCGAUAAUAUAUGGGAGGAGCCAAAGGCUUAUGUCUUCCAAGUCUUAUGUCAUAAUGUUUUUCUAGAGUUAAACUCGACAAAAGAUCUUUUAUCAUUAUUUAUGGACAAAUUGUGAGUGAUGAUUUCAAGGAGAGUCGCAAUUGUUUAAUUUUGUUACGAGAUAUUUGUAAAUAGAUAUUUUUGGUUUAUGGAUAUUCCUUUUUUUCAAUUCCAAGAAAAUAAGUUCAACAAGUUGUUGUAGUCAAUAAACUUAUUUUUUAAAAUGAAA